AUGAGUCGAACCAUUGCUUUCUUGGGUGCGACAGGUGGAUGCGCAGGUGCUUGUCUCAUCGCCGCACUCAAAGAUGGCUACACCUGCCGCGCUCUUGUCCGCACCCCUUCCAAACUCACCACUUCCCUCAACAAACAAGGAGUCCCAGAAUCUUCGCUCGCCAACCUCGAAAUCUUCGAAGGAAACGCCAAAGACAUCAACUCUGUCAAGGAACUGCUCCAAACCUCCUCUGACAUUGUAGAUACCAUCGUCUUUGGCGUAGGCGCAGCACCAAAGCUGAGACUACACAUCAUGCCCGUAACACUGGAUGACCCAGGUCUCUGCCGUACAGCAAUGGCAACCCUUCUCUCUGCUAUGAUUGAGCUCAAAGCUGCGACGAAGCCAAGACUACUUGUUGUUUCUACUACAGGCAUCACUCGUGGCCCUAGAGAUGUGCCUAUCCUCUAUAUUCCCCUCUAUCAUUGGUUACUCCAUACCCCGCACAUUGACAAGCGAAUCAUGGAACAGCUUGUCUGGGAGCAGNNAAAAGAUAAGCCUGAUGCUGAGAGAGUGAUUGGUGAAUUUGCCAUCGUACGGCCGACGUUGUUGAUGGAUGGGAAGGGCGUAGGUGUGGAGAAUGUCAGGUACGGGCUUGAGAGCAAUCCUGCUUUGGGUUGGACGAUCGAUCGUAAGGAUGUUGGUAAUUGGUUGUUUGAGAAGGGAAUCAGGUCUUCGGAGUUUGGAGAGUUCAAGGAUCAGGCUAUCAGUUUGACAUCGUGA